AUGAACCACAACUUCCAGCAACAGGACGGCUCGCGUCCUUCCCUCCCACCGCUCCAAUCGUCGUUUCUUAGCCGCCGAGCCCUGAGUAACAGUAAUCCGCCAUUCCAACCGCCAACUGUCCCUCCCCAAUACCAUAACUUGCCUGCGUCAACCUAUUUGCCACCAAUAGUUGGUCCUUCCAAACGAAACGAUUUUUUACCGCACCUGGUAUCCCAUAAUAACCCUUCUCCUUUCGUCCUUCCUGGCCUCAAUAGCACCAGCAGUGAGCAGCGAUUUUUCCAGCCUCAAAAACAACCUUAUAAACCACAAGCUCCGUAUGGACUAGUAUCUGCACAAAACAACAGCGAUGGUAGAAUAUCGCCCUUUUUGACGCUUCAAACCCAUCCACAGCAACCAACACAACUGCGUAUCCCACAACAUCAUUCGUUUAACCCGUACCUGACGCCAUCUCGCUCUUACAGCGUUCCUUUCGAUCAACAAUAUGAAAAUCAAGUACUGCAAUAUCAACAACAACAACAACAACAACAACAACAACAACAACAACAACAACAACAACAACAACAACAACCGCAAAAACCGUCUUCAAUAUAUCUGAUACCCCUUAAUCUUCCUCACACUUUGAAAAAUAUCAAAGAUAUAAAUAUAAUAUCCAAUUCUUAUGACAGAAAUCUGCCAGAUGAUAAGAGACAGCUACCCACUUUAUCGAAUAAUAAUAUUGAAAAUCUUCCUUCUCCUGCCUUCAACUCUGGAACUAUUGAUGUGAAGCCUUCCUCGAACCCCAUCCGUAAUGAUAAUGUCAAUAGUCGUAUGGGUAACAAUAACGGUGGAAUGGAUAGCUUAAACCGCGAUAGAUAUCGCACAGGCAAAAGAUUACCAUCUUUCUCUAUGCAACGGACAAUAGCAAUCGGUCCUCCUACUGAGCCAAUACUUGAUCCUUCGAACUUUUCUGCUCCACAAGGCUUAAAAGAAGUGCCAAAGACGGUUAAAUUGACUAAAUUAUCUAGCUUAUUGACUGAUGACGAACCAGCCGUGAAUUUACCGGCUCGUGUUCCUUCGCCAUUUAUCAAAAUAAAUGAUGAAAGUAGUGAUGACGAUGAUACUGCCAACCGUUAUGUUCUGUCUGUUCCUAGUGCCAAGCCGCAACAUGCCGAGCCUUUGGAAAAUAUGUCUCCUAUCAGACCUCCAUUUGCUAAUUUUACCAGUCCUAUUCCUCUACCGCUUGACGGACCUCCAGAGAUGCAUGUUCCCAUCAAUAUCCCCCAAGGUCUAAUGGGGCCACCUCUUCCAGGAGUUGUUCCUGGACCUCCAAUGGGCUUCCAUCCAAUGAUGAUCCCUCCUGUCCCAAUGGGAACUCAGGUGCUGGCGCCUGUUCCCGGACCUCCGAGAAUCAUGUUGCGCAAAAACAUAUCUGAAGCUGAAUUCCAAACGGUAGCACAAUUCUUGCAAGAAAGUGGUAUGAGUUAUGAGUUCAAACUUGAUCGGGUUCGCAAAGGAUUAUUGAAGGAAAGGGAUAUUAGCUUGGGAAGCCUAUGGAAGCCUAAUAAUUUGACUAUUGGCAGAAUAUUGGCUGCAAAGGAUCAAUUGAAAGAUAUUGAUGAACCAACGGCGAAUGCAAUCCAUGAAUUGUAUCUUAUUAGCGCAAAGAACUAUUUUGAUAAUUUCUACACGAAAAGGAUUGCCAGAGAAUUGAGAAUGAGUUAUCUGCACAUUAAUGAAACUGGAACCGAUGCUAAUACAAGAGUUGUGGACCAUUUGCAAGAGAUUGGUAAGAUUCAGGAUCCACAAAAUGCUGUUGAAGUUGGCAUUCGUAUUCCGAAAUUUGAUAUAGCCAAUAAUGAUAAAGAGCUAGUUUCCUCAUCUGGUAGAAAUUUUGGUGAUAGAAGAAAGAGAUUACAAUCCUAUGAGAGAGAUAUCGAAAAUUAUGUUAAAGAAAAUAAAGUGGCUCUCUACAAAAACAGAAUACUGCAUCUUAAAAGAAAACUCGUAGCAAUUUCUGCUAAUUCAAGUAAUCCGUUGGAAGAAUUUCUUGAGCCUCUGGCUAAGCGUCAAAAGCUAAAACAUGAAGAUGAUAAUAAUAUAAAGUUGUUAGGUGACCUCUGCAGUCAAAAUAAUAAUGCCGCUGAACGCCGUGAGUAUGAACUUCAAAGACUUCAUGAUUGGACUUUAUAUCUCAAGAACCGCAAUUUGAAGUCUUACAUUGAAAGUGUUAGGAACUCUUGCAAUGAAAUACAUGAUGUGAUGUACAACAAGUUGACUAAUCUUGAAAGCUUCUUUGCACUUCAAAAACAAAUGCUUGAGGAUAACUCUCAAGAACACGAAGCCAACAUUUUUAAUGUGAACUCGAAAACUUCCGAUAAGAUUUUCUUGGGAAUUAAACUUGAUGGUCCACACAAACUUGAACAAAAAUUGGUCGGGCUACGGAAAGAUAUGGGUAUCAGUGCCUAUCAGGAUCUGUUAUCUGAUGGUUCCCAUAAUAGUGAUCAGAACUGUGCCACCGAUGGUUUGGUAUCCACUGGUGUUGAUAAAAAUGGUAGAGCAAGCUCCAGAGUUAAUAAGCGGUUGAAAAAUGAAUUAGACAUCACUAUCAAAAAUGCCAAGUUUUCUGAUGAUAAAAAGGCUAUUGAAUUUGAGCUUCAAAAUAAGGAUUUAUUAACGUCGAUUUUCGAAGGAUAUUCUCCAUUGAUAUCCAAUGAGGAAUUUAUCAUCAUUACAGAAAACAACUUCACCCAAUUCCUUGGGCAUAAGAACCGUGGGCUUGAUGUGAAGAAGAUGCUCAUGUCCAGCCAGUCGAUUUCCAAAUAUGUCCAAUUGCUAUCCCAGCAGAACGGUAAUGAAUCUAUCGCUAGUGAUGCUGGUGGCACCAAUGCUAAAAGCAAUAAGGGCCGCGGGGCUCGUGGACGACCAGGUUAUGGAAGUGGUGUUACUAAUGAUUCAGGAUCUGAAGCGGGAAUUGGAGGAAGAGGAACGAGUGAGAAUGAGUCUUUAGUAUCUGGUAGCGGUGGAAGCGCCGCAGUUUUAGGUAGAGGUGGAGCCAGGCGUGGCAGAAAGGAACGGAAACCAGCACCGACCCAUCUUGGAGGCCGGGGGAAAAAGAGCAUGGGAGUGAAGGGAUUGACGACCGAUGAGAUCGAUCAUGACUUGAUUCUUUUAGAGCGAUUGUGA